GGCCGGGUCCGACUUCAACCUCCAACCUCGAAAAUCCUCCCUCUACCGUCCACCUCCGACGUCCGUCCCUCCCCGCGACUCGCGAUUCUCGUCAAUUGCAUCUCCCUUCCUCUCUACUCACCCGCCAUGUCUCUCGCCUCCGCUUCGAGCGCUCUGCUGCGCACCUGCGCGCGGCAACAGCUGCCCGCCGCUCGCGCCGCCGUUUCCGCUUGCCAGCAGAGAGGAGUCGCGGAUGCUGCGCCCAAGUCCUCCUUCGACAGCCCAUUCGGCCGCACUCACGAGCACAGCGAUACCACCAAGAUCCCUAACUUCAGCAAGUAUGCUUCCAAGCGAUCCCCCACGACGAACAAGGUCUUCUCCUACUUCAUGGCUGGAAGCAUGGGUCUGGUGAGCGCGGUCGGUGCGAAGGCCACAGUGCAAGACUUCCUCGUCAACAUGUCUGCAUCUGCCGAUGUCUUGGCCCAGGCCAAGGUUGAAGUCGCUCUCGGAUCGAUCCCUGAGGGAAAGAACGUUAUCAUCAAGUGGCGUGGAAAGCCCGUCUUCAUCCGUCACCGUACUCCAGAUGAGAUCAAAGAGGCUGAGGAAUUUGAGUGGACCACUCUGCGGGAUCCCCAGCCCGACUCUGACCGUGUGCAGAAGCCCGAAUGGCUGGUUAUGCUUGGUGUCUGCACUCACCUUGGUUGUGUCCCCAUUGGUGAGGCUGGUGACUACGGUGGUUGGUUCUGCCCUUGCCACGGUUCCCACUACGAUAUCUCCGGCCGUGUCAGGAAGGGUCCUGCUCCCCUGAACCUCGAGAUUCCUCAGUACAGCUUCCCCUCUGAGGACAGCCUUGUCAUCGGUUAAACAGUCCGUCUACAUCCAGGGCGGACUUGAUUCCGGACACAGUUUCCAAGGAGGUUGUCCGGAUGAAAAACGUGUUUCAAUAUGGACAAAGACGAAAUUUAUAGAGCCUGUAUCAUUGUCUGCAGAAAAAUUCAGGGGAGGGUAUAGACCGUAAUCCCGUCCCUUGGCUUUUUGGCAGCCUGGUUCAUCGACAUCUAUGGGGUCGGUCAGACAAGAGAGUGGAGGCAGCCGGCUUGUCUGAUUUACAUGUGUCUUUACUAGCUUUCCCUUUAUCCGCAUAUCAUUCAGAUGUUUCAUUUCAUUUGUUCUGUCUAUUGUAGUCUCCUUAUGUGUCAAGUCACCCAUGUACAAGAUGAGAAUCAAUAAAAUCAAUAGAGAGACUAUAUACCGAG